CCGUCGAUGGUGUCGUCGGCGCUGGACGCGAUGGCGGGCACGGCGUGGGGCCGGUGGCUGGGCCUCGUCGCGGCGGUGUGGGUGCAGUGCGUCUCCGGGAACAACUACACCUUCUCCAACUACUCGGACUCCAUCAAGACGCUCAUGGGCCUCACCCAGCUGCAGCUCAACGGCCUCUCCGUCGCCAAGGACGUCGGCAAGGCCUUCGGCCUGCUCGCCGGCCUCGCCUCCGACCGCGUCCCCACCUGGCUCCUCCUCGCCAUCGGCUCCCUUGAGGGCUUCCUCGGCUACGGCGCGCAGUGGCUCGUCGUCUCCAAGACCGUCGCGCCGCUACCCUACUGGCAGAUAUGCGUCUGCCUCUGCCUCGGCGGCAACAGCACCACCUGGAUGAACACCGCCGUCCUCGUCACCUGCAUCCGCAACUUCCGCGGCAGCCGCGGCCCCGUCUCCGGGGUCCUCAAGGGCUUCGUCGGCCUCAGCACCGCCAUCUUCACCGACCUCUGCUCCGCGCUCUUCGCCGACGACCCGGCCUCCUUCCUCGUCAUGCUCGCCGUCGUGCCCGCCGCCGUCUGCGCCCUCGCCAUGGUCUUCCUCCGCAAGGCGGCCAACGCCGACGCCGAGAACACGGUCCUGGAUGACUCAACCACCACAACCCCGCUCCUGCUCGCGUCCAAGCCGGCGGCGGCGGAGGCGCGCGGCCCCAGCGAGCGCCCGCGGCUCGGCGAGGAGCACACCAUCGCGGAGGCGCUCUCCGCGCUCGACUUCUGGCCGGUGCCUACCCUCAGCACGGCAGCGCGGCAUUUCGCCGAACACGCCGCGGGCGUGCGUGAGGGGAGGCCGGCAGCGAGCUCACCGCGGCAGUCGCGCGCGGGCUCCUCCCGGCGAGCGCGCGGCGGCUAG